GGAGUUUUUGCAAAUUAGGGUUCCAAGCUGCUGCUGUGCCUCACUAUCCUCAUUCCCCCACAGGCGCCCUUUAGAAAGCAUCCAUCAUGGCGGAGCAGACAGAAAAGGCGUUUUUGAAGCAGCCUAAGGUGUUCCUAUGCUCCAAGAAAUCAGGGAAAGGAAAAGCUCCUGGAAAAGGAGGGAACCGCUACUGGAAGAGCAUUGGGUUGGGUUUUAAAACACCAAGAGAAGCCAUUGAAGGGACCUGCCACAGUGCAAAGAUGAUUAGAACUAUCAUCGUUAGGCGUAACUACCUGCAUUGGGUGAAGAAGUACCAAAGAUAUGAGAAGAGGCACUCGAACAUUGCUGCACACAUAUCCCCAUGCUUCCGUGUUAAGGAGGUGAGGUUCAAUGUCCUUAAGGUGAUUCCGGCUGGUUCUUCUGGUCGUGGGAAGAAGGCUUUUACUGGGAUGUGA